UUAGUUUGUGUGAUCCUCCACGUUGCGAACCCCGUGUGUAAUGCAUUGUGCAAGUCGCUUGACAACCCCAGCUGUCCUUUCUUUUUCUGAUAUAUACUAUUCACAUUUCCCGCUACUCAGUUUAUCAUCGAUUCCUUUCUUGUCAAUUAUCUGUCUACUCGUAUCAGACAAACAUGGAUUGGGAUUCUCAGCUCAGUCCUGCUACUUCCUCUAAUCAGUUCAAGGAUACAUGGAAGCAUGCACUUCUUCUGUCAUUUCAGAGCUUUGGAGUGAUAUAUGGUCAAAUGAGUACUGCUCCCUUAUAUGUCUUUGGGACAAUUCAUGCACAAGAUAUCAAAUCGGAGGAUACAGUUUAUGAACUAUUCUCCUUCAUUUUCUGGACUAUGACCAUCAUUACUUUACUGAAGUAUGUCUGUAUAGUAUUAAGAGCUGAUGAUAAUGGAGAAGGUGGUACUUUUGCUCUGUACUCACUCUUGUGUAGGCAUGCCAAAGUGGGUCUGCUUCCAAAUGACAGAAGUGCUGAUGAGGUUAUGCAUUAUGAGAGGGAAAUUCCUUUCACGAUGAAGGUGGAAUCGAGGGCUAAAAGAACCAUUGAAAAACAUAAAAGUAGUCACUAUGUCAUGUUGGUCCUGGCUCUGUUAGGUUCCUGCAUGACAAUCGGCGUUGCGGUGCUUACCCCAGCUCUUUCGGUCUAUUCAGCUUCAUCAGGUGUUCAAAGAUCACUGUCAGACAUGGCCCACCGAUUUUCAUCUUCGGAAAGGAAACAAGAGUCAAUAGCAAAAGCUUUCAAGGAUUAUGUACCAGUUCCCUUGGCAUCUGCUAUAUUGGUGUGCCUCUUCAUGCUGCAGCAUUGUGGGACUAGUAAAAUUGGGUUUAUGUUUGCUCCGAUUAUCAUUAUUUGGCUGAUAUGUAUUGGUGGCGUGGGUAUAUAUAAUAUUUUCUACUGGGACAAACAAAUUGUCCAUGCAAUCUCUCCUGUAUACAUGUACAGAUUUGUUAGGAACAUUAACGUUGACCGUUGGAGGGCAUUAGGCAGCAUAGUUCUAUGUGUAGCAGGGUCAGAGGCAAUGUUUGCAGAUCUAGGUCAUUUCAGAAAGAAAUCCAUCAAGAUUAUAUUUGUAUGCUUGAUCUAUCCUGUUCUUGUUCUAUGCUAUGCCGGUCAGGCUGCAUUUAUCUCCAAAAACUUUCAUGAGGAUGAUUACAAUCAUCUCAGUGAAUCCUUUCCUACACCAGUUCGCGACUGGUUCAUAGCAUUAUCCCUACUUGCUUCAGCUGUAGGAAGUCAAGCUACCAUAACAGCCAGUUUCUCCAUCAUAAAUCAGUGCCUGGCACUUGGUUGUUUUCCCAGAGUAAAAGUUAUUCAUACAUCAGAUAAGAUACAUGGGCAGGUUUAUAUUCCUGAUAUCAACUGGAUAUUGAUGGUUCUAUGCCUUACUGUUACAAUUGGUUUUCAUGAUAUUGAGAAAAUUGGCAAUGCCACAGGUUUGGCCAUAAUUUCUCCAAUGGUUGUCACAACUUGUCUCAUGUCACUGGUAAUUGCCUUAUACUGGGAGAAGAGUUUGUAUCAAUCUAUCUGUUUUCUACUGUUCUUCGGCUUCAUUGAGGCGAUGUAUGUGUCAGCUUGUAUGUUGAAUGUCCAUAAGGGAGCUUGGUAUUUGGUUUUCCUAUUGGCAUUGUCUUUGACUAUCAUGAUUUCAUGGCAUUAUGGAACCAAAAAGAAGCUCGAAUUCGAUUUAACAAACAAGGUGUCUGCAGAAUGGCUCACAGCUAUUAGUCCAGCACUAGGAGUUACCAGGGUACCUGGCAUUGGUUUCAUUUAUACUGAUAUAGUCUCAGGAAUUCCGGCUUUCUUCUCACACUUCAUUACGAAUCUUCCUGCAUUUCAUCAAGUUUUGAUCUUUGUGUCCUUCAAGUCUCUGCCAGUUCCAUAUGUCCCUGCAACUCGGAGGUACCUUGUGGGAAGGAUCGGGCCAAAAGAUCUUAAAAUAUAUCGUUGUGUGGUGAGAUAUGGAUAUUGUGAGCAUAUUAGGGACACCGAUGAUUUUGAGGAAGAGAUUAUUGGUUCCAUUGGAGAAUUCAUUUCCGUGGAAGAAAAUGACUUUGAUUCCCUGAAUUCAUCACAAGAUAGAAUGAUCAUAGUUGGCAAGCCACCAUCAAAUGGAAGUGCUUUGAUUCCUUUAAAUGAGAUCACCUCAUAUGAGGACUCCGUGAGCUUGGUGCACAAUGAAACCCGGUUAAGUACAUUGGCCGAUGCAUGUGAGAGUGGUAUGGUUUCGGUGCAGAGAAAAAAGGUUCGGUUCAUGUUGCCUCCUAAUAGUCCUAAGAUGCGAGUAUCUGUUAGGGAGGAGCUCCAAGAACUGAUUGAUGCUAGGGAGAGUGGUACUGCAUAUUUCUUGGGUCAGGUGCAUUUGGCAGUUCGUGAAGGCUCAAACAUAUUCAAGCGGUUACUGAUCAUGACCUAUGUUUUGAGUGAGAAGAAUUGCAGAGAGCCUCCAGUGGCACUCAACAUUCCUCAUGCUGCUCUUGUUGAGGUUGGUAUGGUCUGUAGCAUAUAAUUGAACUGUUUUACAGGGAAACAGAAGCAAGAUAAAAAAAUAUAGGGUACGUAGUAGAGAAAUGUAUAUAUAAGAAGUUACAAGAAAGAUAGAGUGAAGUAAAAUCUGUUCUAGCAUGACAAUAACAAGAAAGAACUCGAAGAUUUAUAUUAGUCAUGUUUGUUGGUGGCAUGUAUUAUCGCUUGCACUAGUUUAAAUCAGUUUGAUAA